GCUAUGGAGAGGAGGAGGAAGAUGGCGGGAGGGCGGCUCUGAAGAGACCUCGGCGGCGGCGGAGGAGGAGAGAAGCGCAGCGCCGUGCCGCGCCGGGGCCCAUGUGGGGAGGAGUCGGAGUCGCUGUUGCCGCCGCCGCCGCCGCCGCCUGUAACUGCUGGACCCGAGUGGGAGUGAGGGGGAAACGGCAGGAUGAAGUUCGCCGAGCACCUCUCCGCGCACAUCACUCCCGAGUGGAGGAAGCAAUACAUCCAGUAUGAGGCUUUCAAGGAUAUGCUGUAUUCAGCUCAGGAUCAGGCACCUUCUGUGGAAGUUACAGAUGAGGACACGGUAAAGAGGUAUUUUGCCAAGUUUGAAGAAAAAUUUUUCCAAACCUGUGAAAAGGAACUUGCCAAAAUCAACACAUUUUAUUCAGAAAAGCUUGCAGAGGCUCAGCGCAGGUUUGCUACACUUCAGAAUGAGCUUCAGUCAUCACUGGAUGCACAGAAAGAGAGCACUGGCGUUACUACACUGCGACAGCGCAGGAAGCCAGUCUUCCAUUUGUCCCAUGAGGAACGUGUCCAGCAUAGGAAUAUUAAAGACCUUAAACUGGCCUUCAGUGAGUUCUACCUCAGUCUUAUCCUGCUGCAGAACUAUCAGAAUCUGAAUUUUACAGGGUUUCGAAAAAUCCUCAAAAAGCAUGACAAAAUCUUGGAAACUUCUCGUGGAGCAGAUUGGCGAGUGGCUCAUGUUGAAGUGGCCCCAUUUUACACGUGCAAGAAAAUCAACCAGCUCAUCUCUGAAACUGAAGCUGUAGUGACUAAUGAACUUGAAGAUGGUGACCGACAAAAAGCUAUGAAGCGUUUACGUGUCCCUCCUUUGGGAGCUGCUCAGCCUGCACCAGCAUGGACUACUUUUAGAGUUGGCCUAUUUUGUGGAAUAUUCAUUGUACUGAAUAUUACCCUUGUGCUUGCCGCUGUAUUUAAACUUGAAACAGAUAGAAGUAUAUGGCCCUUGAUAAGAAUCUAUCGAGGUGGCUUUCUCUUGAUUGAAUUCCUUUUUCUACUGGGCAUCAACACAUAUGGUUGGAGACAGGCUGGAGUGAAUCAUGUGCUCAUCUUUGAACUUAAUCCAAGAAGCAAUUUGUCUCAUCAGCAUCUUUUUGAGAUUGCUGGAUUCCUUGGGAUAUUGUGGUGCCUGAGCCUUCUGGCAUGCUUCUUUGCUCCAAUUAGUGUCAUCCCCACAUAUGUGUAUCCACUUGUCCUUUAUGGAUUUAUGGUUUUCUUUCUUAUCAACCCCACCAAAACUUUCUAUUACAAGUCCCGGUUUUGGCUGCUUAAACUGCUGUUUCGAGUAUUUACAGCCCCCUUCCAUAAAGUAGGCUUUGCUGAUUUCUGGCUGGCCGAUCAGCUGAACAGCCUGUCAGUGAUAUUGAUGGACCUGGAAUAUAUGAUCUGCUUCUACAGUUUUGAGCUCAAAUGGGAUGAAAGUGGGGGCCUGUUGCCAAAUAAUUCAGAAGAACCCGAAAUUUGCCACAAAUACUCAUAUGGCGUGCGGGCCAUUGUUCAGUGCGUUCCCGCAUGGCUUCGUUUCAUCCAGUGCCUGCGCCGGUAUCGGGACACAAAGAGGGCCUUCCCUCACUUGGUCAAUGCUGGGAAGUACUCCACAACUUUCUUCACGGUCACGUUUGCAGCCCUGUACAGCACUCACAAAGAACGAGGUCACUCAGACACCAUGGUAUUCUUUUACCUUUGGAUUGUGUUUUGUAUCAUCAGUUCCUGCUAUACCCUCAUCUGGGAUCUGAAGAUGGACUGGGGUCUCUUUGAUAAGAAUGCUGGAGAAAACACCUUUCUCCGGGAAGAGAUUGUAUACCCCCAAAAAGCCUAUUACUACUGUGCCAUCAUAGAGGAUGUGAUUCUGCGCUUUGCUUGGACUGUCCAAAUCUCAAUUACCUCCAUGACAUUGUUGCCUCAUUCUGGGGACAUCAUUGCUACUGUCUUUGCUCCCCUUGAGGUUUUCCGGCGAUUUGUGUGGAACUUCUUCCGCCUGGAGAAUGAACAUCUGAAUAACUGUGGUGAAUUCCGUGCCGUGCGGGACAUCUCUGUGGCCCCUCUGAAUGCAGAUGACCAGACACUCCUAGAACAGAUGAUGGAUCAGGAUGACGGCGUACGAAACCGCCAGAAGAACCGGCCAUGGAAGUACAGCCAGAGCAUAUCCUUGCGCCGGCCUCGCCUCGCUUCUCAAUCCAAGGCUCGUGACACUAAGGUAUUGAUAGAAGACACAGAUGAUGAAGCUAACACUUGAAUCCUCUGAAGUCUAGAUUAACAUCUUUGGUUUUCCUACUCUACAAUUCUUUCCUCGACCAACGCAACCUCUAGUACCUUUCCAGCCGAAAACAGGAGAAGACACAUAACACAUUUCCGAGCUCUUCCCGAUCGGAUCCUAUGGACUCCAGACAAGCUCACUGUGUUUCUUUUCUUUUCUUCUGGUUUAAUUUUCAUUUUCUAUUUUUAAAACAAAUAUUUACUUCAUUUUGCCAAUCAGAGGACAUUUUAAGGAACAAAAACAUAGUAUCUUAUGGAUUGUUUACAAUCACAAGGACACAGAUACCUAUCAGGAUGGAAGAACAGGCAUUGCAAGGACCCUCUGAUAGGACGGUACCGAGAUACCUCGGCUUCCGCUGGGCCCGGUUUUGACUGGUUGAAACCGGACAUUGAUUUUUAAAUUUUUUGUCAGUUUAUGUGGAGAAUUCUUUCCUUUCCUUCAUACCCAGCGCAAAUGCACUGGCCGCACUUGCAGGGAAAGUGCAACUUAGAGCAGUACCUUCAUUCAUGAAGCUACUUUUUAAUUUGAUGUAACUUUUCUUAUUUUGGGGUGGGUGGCUGGGUGGGCGGGAAAUAUGAUGUAUUUGUUGCAUAUAGUUUUCUCAUUAUUUAUGAAACUUAACCAUAAAAGAAUGCUAUAACUCCUGUGCAGUGAAGGUGGUAACAGUGAAAGAAGACAGGGGAAACUAAUGUUGGACAGCAUGUGAGGGUUUAGUCCACAAUACCUCUUUCAUGAGACGACUCGCACCAGUUUGACUUUUUCUUUUCUUUUCUUUUUUAAUUUUAAGCCAAAGUUUUAUUACUGAUUUUUUAAGUUGCUGCUGCUUUAGAAUCCUGAGCAUAUCUUUCAUAACAAAGCAUCUAUAUACUUCUACGUAACUGGUUGAAAUUUUUUAAAAGAUCUGAUACUUUUUUUUUUAAGGAACAAAUGUGGAAUAUAUUUGCCCAUACUCCAACCAUAACAACUGAAGUUAUGCCUUAUUAAGUUUCAGCAUUUAGGGUAAUGGAAGUAUAAACUUUACUGACUCUGAAUGAGAAGAUAAGCUAUUUCAGAGACUCCCUACACCUUAUUGGAUAGUUUUUCUUUUGGAUUCACUUGCUUUAGCCAGAAUUUGGUCAAAUUAAAAGUCUGUUUUGGGGAAACCAUAUUUUUGAGAGCAAAGAACAAAUUAUCCUUCUACUGUCACAUUAAGUGAAUAAAACAGACCUUGGCAGCCAUUUCUCCCAGCAGUUUUAAAGAAUGAACAUUGGAUUUCAUUCCCUCCUAUGAGACAAAAAACAACCUGCUUUUAAGAUUUUGGGGGUCUAAACUUGGUGUAAACAAAAGGUAUGUUUCUCAGACCUUAUCAGACUCUCACGGUCUGUGCACACUGCCCAUUUUUACUUCUUUGUCUAAUUUCUUUCCUACGUUCCUAAGUCAUCCAAAUAAGCCCCCAAACCUUAAAGGAUUUUGCUUCCUUGAAUGUGGUUGGCAUUAAAUCGAGCAUUUCAUUAUCUAACAAAAUUAAUAUAAAUACCAGAAAAAGUGAAAUAUGUUUUAAUCCACCCAUCCCCCCGCAGUCCAGAUGAAGAUUCCAACAUCAACAUCAGUAGAUUCAUGAAAGUAAAUUACUUCUGCCAUUUUCAGCUUAAUCUUAGGCAAAGAGACAAAUGAGUGGAAGGGCAGCUGUUAUUAUCACUUACUUAGUCUUGAAAACACAUGGUCACUUGCCCCUUACAAUACCCCCAUGGUCAGUAGCUCUUCUACCAUGUAUUGCCAAGUCUUCCUUACACCUGUUGUGAUUCUAGUAGAUUAUAUUAAAGUUACUGUUACUACCAAAAUUCUAUCAAUUAACUGACAAAUAGUUCAUUUUUAAAGGAGUUUAUUCCAUUUUUAUUCUGACAAGCUUCCAAAGUUUUUUCCCUUUCCAAAUUGCGAGAUAUUUUUUUUCCUGAAAAAAUCAUACAAAUUUUUGGCUUUUGUUGUUUUUUAUGUUUUGCCAAGCAUGUUCUUUGGCCCAAAACUAAAGAGGAAAAGUUUAAUUACUUUUUUUUAGUUUAAUCAUUUAUAAUCAGUGGUAAUAAUUUAGUGACCUUUAAUAGAUUAAAGGUUUCAUUACUUAUACUUGGAAUUUUUUUUUUCUAACUAUUUUGUUUUUGUACUUUAAAACUAUGGGGGAAAUAUCACUGGUCUGUCAAGAAAUAACAGUAAUUAUUACUGAGUUGGAUAAGUCCAGUGGACCAGCCAUUUCUUAUACAAAUAAAACUGGUGGUACUAAUGUGUAUCCAGAGCAAUCUGAAUUGUCAACUUCAUUUUCUGUUAGUGGCACUAUAUAAUGACACACAUAAAAUCUUAUAGUUGACUUCUGGUAUUUGAACUCCCCAGUGUUUUUCUUUCAGUGUAUCCUAUGGCCAAUUUGAUUUUUCCUCAACUGUUAUGAUUCUAAACCCUAAUCAGUAUUAUUUUUUUCAUAGAUAAUACAAUGUUAGAGUUUGUUCCUUUUCUGAUGUGUUUAUCCUUUUAGCAUAGUCUGUUCAAGAAUGAGAAGAUUUAUGUAACAUUCAGCUUACCAGGACAGAUGCUCAAAUAAGUAUUUAAAUACACAGCUUUAUGUGCCUUGUGAAGCUGUAGAGAGAAAAGCAGAUUUUUCCUCAUCAAGAGGAAGCAGUUUGAGAGACAGAGUAUACAUUUAAAUUUUCUUCCUUGAAAAAAAGGCAAUGUGCAUUUUUCUCUUCUAAGUUUUAAAUGCCCUACCAGUUGCCAAUGCUGUGUCCUACCUAAUGCUUUAUUGGAGAUGUCUGUACACUGAAACUCUCAGAACUUUUAGGAAAUUAUUAUUACAGAGUCAUUUUAAAGGAGUAGCAGUCUAACCAAAGGUAAAACUUCAUCUGAUUUUAGGUUUAGAAAUUCUAGUUUUAUUUUAUUUGAGAAUCAGUUUAAAUACUCCCCAAAGGAAUAAAAGGGAAGUAUUAAAUGAAUAAAGUUCAUUGAUAUGUAUAGAGAAAUCAGAAGACAAAGAAAAAUGGCUUAUUUUCUACUCACAAACAUGCACCUAUGCUUAAGGCUGCCUAUACCAUUAAAAUGGAAUCAUUGAUGAUUUCAUGCCAUACAGAGAGACAAUAAAAUGAUAAAAUUAAGUCAUCAUUAACUAGGUUAUAAUGGUAAUUUUAUGGAAAAUGGAAAGAAGUUGAAAACCCAUAUGCAACUUUCUUUUCCAGUGUCUCUCAUUUUUCUACUUAAGAAAGCUGCUCAGCUUCAGAGUCAGAAGCAAUGCUGUGAAAGUAUGCCAGUCUCCUCAUCAGUCACCUGUAUGGCCUCUUAAGGAAAAUGGGGCCUAGCCCCCAGGAUCUGCAACUCCCCAAAGUUUUCAGCAUGAGAGUUUUAAGAUUUUAAUAGAUUUUACUAGAAGUAAGUUGUUGAUAUAGGGUAUCCUUCCACCGUAGUCUGACCAAAGUACAUUCAUAACUACAGAAAGCAAGAAGCAGAGUCACGCAGCGGAAGCGUGCUGGGCCCAUAACUACAGAAAGCAGUGCAUCCUUUCUUAAGAGGUGAACUAAGGCGAGUUAAAAAUAAAAAGUAACCUAUUACUGAUUUGUACUGGCAUCAGAUUAACAGACAUUUAGGUGAAGAAAUUAAAAUGAUUGUGGAGAUAGCAGAGAAGAGUGGGAAGAUGUUGGAUUGUGGCAGCAAGAAACAGGGCAGUUAAAAAGGGUGUGAAGUCAGUGGCAUCAGUCUUGCCUCUCUGUCUCUCCAUUAGUGGUUAUGCUGGUAGAGCCCUGCCUUUAUGUUCCCAUCAUUUUCUUUUAUUCCUUUGCAUUAUUUAGGACAUAAUGCCCAAAUGCAAUUUCCUAAGUAAUGACUAGGAAAACUUCUUAACCUAAGGAAACUAAUUUAGGAAAUAACCCUAUCCAUGGCAUUAUUUUAUUCAAAAACUCAAGAUUCUCUAAAGUGAUUGCACUGUUUGGUAAACAAAUUUCAGAAUACAGUUCUCCUUAAUUUGCAUGAAAUUUUCCUUUCUCAGAAAAUAAGUAUCUCUUGCUAUAUAACAUAUUUAAAUUUUUUAAAUUAAGAUUGCUUCUCAGAUUAAAAAAAAUCAUGUUGAAUCUAUGGCUUUUUCAACUACAAAAUUGCCACACUUUUCUCAAAUCUAAUAAAGCCAGCAUCAUUACAUAUAAAAUCCGUAGUUUCUAGGUAAAGACAAUACAAGUUAUGGUAGCACUUCAGAAAAAGGUAAAGAAUAAAUCAGAUUUAUCAGCUUAUUUCAUUUUAUAAUGCAUCUAAAUGUUAUUUCUUAUGAUGAUUAGGAGAGUUAAAAUGAGAUUUUGCAAAUUACUUAAAUACGUUUCUACAUUUCAGGAAUCAGUCUUGAUAGUAAAUCUUAAAAGCAACCUUUCUGCAUUAUACUUGCAAUCUAUACAAUGUCAGAGCACAGUGAUAAUGUGGGAUAGAAUUGAUUAUAUUAGACCCUAAGAAACUUGGGGUGCUACAGUGCUACAGACCAGUAAUUUAACUGGCAUUAAACCACACUCUACUCACCACACUUGAAAAAGUAAAAUUUCAUUAGAUGGAAAGAGCUUAAUUUAAGCAAUAUGAGUAGUUUGCCUGGGAAUGGAGAUGAGCCUCCUGAUUGGUACACUUCAUAAUGACCGUUCUUGUAUGAAACUGGCAAAACUCUGAUACUGAGUUGCCCCAUAAAAACAACCUCCCAUCAUAUAUUUGCUUACUUACAGUGGAAGAGGAAGUAAGAGGGACAAGAUGAGUGUUUCCCCUGAAGUGAAAAGAAUCAUUAUACUUAUUUUCAUCUAAAAUAUGUUUCCUUGUAGCAGACCUUUGGUUUAUUUUAUUAGUAUAUCGAAGCCACCUUCAGUUUGUUUAUGGUGCCAUCAACCUAAGGAGGACAAUCAAAUAACCAAUUGUUUGCCUUGGAUUCAGUGUGUCUGCUAAUUACAGUCUCAUCUUGUAUACCUUCAAAACCAGUUACUUGACUAAACUUCUACCACAUUACCUUAGUUCUUCCUAUGCCCUUUCCUCUGGACCACCCAAAUCAGAGGGAAGACUUACUACCAGAAAGGUGUGGACUUAAAAGAAAGAGCAAGGAUUCCAUCUCACUACCCAAACUUCCUGAAGUUCCUAUCCAAAUUUCCCUGAUUGUCCUGUAACAACACCAGCAUGGUGGGAAUAGGGAGAAAGAUCAUGGGGAAUCCUGAAAGAAUGCUGUAAUUGAUCAUGGCAUUGUUAUUCUUUUGAAGUGUAAAGUAAAAUUGUGAUCCACUCACAUUUGCAAAAAGAGCGGAAUUCAAGCUUUAUCACAUUAAGAUUAAUUUCUUGCUAUAUUCUGGAUUAGCACAGAAGCUUGUAUCAAUGAAGACUAUUUAGGAGGGGAAUAGGGUGUAAAAUGUAUCUGUCUUUUCAAAUCCUCUCCCUCUACUCAUGUUUCCUUCACCCCCCUACCACAUUGUGUUGGUCAAAUGAUACUAUUCUAUGAAACCCUGAGCUAUAGUUGUCAAAAGUAACUAUGGAAUGUGAUUAGUCCUCUGUGGGUGCUUCUUUCCCUCUUUUUUUCUCCCUUGCUUUCUUUCUUACUCUCUCCACUCUGGUAAAUGGAAAAGGUGACGUCAAAGAAUUGAUGCUUGCUUGGACUCAUGUUGUAUCUGUGACUAUGCUAUUAGCUGUCUCCUUUUUCCUUCUUAUAUGGGUAGAAUUCUUACAAUGUGUGGAGUUCCCUUCUUGAUAAGUAGGUUAAAUGCACAACGUGGUACUGUUUUAUAGUUUCUAGAUGGUUGUAUAAAGCAAAAAGUUAAUGUGGUUAUGUGUUUUUAAAAGAAAAUAAGUGAUUGGUUACAAACUCUGUCCUUUUUUCAUUAUUACAAGCUCUGUUUUCCAACA